CUAAUGUACUGGAAAAACCUUUGGUUGCUUUUUUUUCGUGAUUUACUUUAACAGUUUGUACGUGUGUACUAUUUCGUUUGCUUCAUGUAAAUAAUUUACAUGUAUAUUGGAUCUAAAAGUUUGCUUUACAUAUUUACAUGCAAUUAGAGUCUGAUCCAUGUAUGGAGCGGUCGUGGUAUUGUCCCAUUUAAAAAAAAAGAAUGACUAACCAAAGCAAGGAAUUUAAAUAUUAAAAGACCGGUGUAUAAGACGAGAUUUUAGUCGUGCUCUACAUAUACGGUAGAUUUCAUUUGAACUACUCCCAGUAAACAAAAGUUCAUGCGGCGUUCAAAACAUGCUGAAUGGGUGAAAAUGGUGGUUGAAAUCAACAACAGGGCAUUCACCAUAAAGACUGUUCUGUUAGCACUCCAGUUCUGUCUUAUUCUCCAUACUUCGGAAUUCGCCUACAUCAGCGACAGAAAGACGUCCAAUAACACAACCCAUUCAAACAAUGCAUGUCCCAAUUACUGCUCAUGUGAUAAAAUUCACAAAAUGGCCUCGUGCUCGUCCUAUUACAAGGGAUUUCUGUUGAGCGAUAUUCCAAAAGAUUACACCGUACACUCAUUGACUUUGUUUGGGGGAUUAGAUGUGAUUCCCGGCAAAUACCUGGCUCUUCCUGGACUCCAAAAUCUCGAUCUCAGUCGGAAUAGUUUAUUUGAGAUAGGAAUGUUACAGUUCAGUGUUCCGGAGUCGUUACGUUUCUUGGACUUGAGUUCCAAUAAUAUUAAAUCCAUAUCAUCCACUGCAUUCGGAGAGCUCUUAAAUCUUGAGGAUCUUUCUCUCAGCGAAAACCGAAUUGAAGAACUCGACAGCAGACUAUUUCAAAAUCUCGUCAAAUUAAAACGGUUAACUUUGAGUUUUAAUAACAUCUACUGUCUUCCUAGUGGUGCAUUUGAUAAUUUACAUGUAUUAGAAGAGCUGGAUUUAAGGAGCAAUCGGAUUCAUUGGUUUUCUGGUGAAAUUCUCAGAAAUCUCACUCGAUUGAAUUCCAUUAACUUAAGCGAUAACAAACUUUGGACAAUAUCCAAUCGGGAUCUCACAACAUUUGGAAAAAUUGAUCGUGUUUCACUUUCUGGAAAUCCCUGGUUUUGCUCUUGUGACAUUACCAACUUUAUAGAAUUUAUCAAAAGGAACAAAAAUACGACAGUAAACGCAGACCUGGUGCUUUGUAAUUCUCCACAAAGACUGGGUGGAAGAAAGAUGAUAGAACUAAACGAAGGGGACUUAAAAUGUGAUGGUCCUUUGAUUGAACAAAUGUCCACAUCACACAUGGAGUAUAAUGGUGCGGUCGUCUCGCUUGACUGCACGCAUUCUGCAGACAACCACGGAGUGGGUUACUGGAUAACAUCCAAAGGAGUGAAAUUAACAUCAAAGUACCACAUAGAAUACCUCGCACAACUAAACAUCUCAACCAUGUCAGAGAAAGUCUACACAUCUCCACGAACCCAGGAAACGUCUCGUGUGUCUGUAUCUGAAAAUAAUACAUUGACCAUUAGAAAUUUUGCAAAUGGUCUUGGCGGAAUGUACGUUUGUACAUACAUCAAUAAUUUUGGAAAUGAAACAGGGGGUGUACAGUUGUCGGCGACAUCGAAAUUGUUCAUCGUGGAAUGGAUGAGUGUUUUCUUUGGAGCGAUGUGCGCUGUGGGUGCGUUAUUGUUCGGCCUUGUCGUCGGUACAAUUAAACUCUGUGCAAUACACGUCUGCAAAUGUAGAUGUGCUCAACCUAAUCGCAAGAAGAAAUCGUCCGGCAAUCAGUGCGAAGAAGCCCUAAAGCCAAAUUCAUUGAUGGACUCCGUGGAACAAUCCGAAGUCUGUUCAUUAGAAGGAGACCCACUUCUGGGAGGAGACGACGAAUUCAGUUCGUCACAGGAUACCUCCACCGUGGAGAACGAAAAUACCACUAUCACGGUGGUGAAAACAAAGUUAGGAAAGAAAAUCAAGAAAGUUCGAAAUCGUGGGUCUCAGUAUUUGACCACCAUCAAAGACACGAGUAGCCAGGCGGCCAGCCGCGUGAAGGCGGGGGUAUUCUUGGGUGUGGAGCAGAUGAGAUCUGGAGUUAUGUCCAUGAAAGAGUUUUGUGGAACGGGUGAAAUUGCCCAGACGGUAUCGAUCAUGUCUGUCAAUACAGAUGUUGAUAGUGAGGAAAGAUCUACACUUAUUUCCAAGGUGACAACAUUUUAAAAAGUGUGCAAAUUUCCAUUUUAAGAACAUGUAUUCUGAUUUGCCUUUUCUACUGUUGCUAUUCCUAACAUUGACCAUCUACUCAAGUCAAGAGUUUCUGAUCCGCUCACCUCCUAUUUAUAUGGAGCGGAGUAGAUAAGAAAUGCUUGACUUGGGAAGAUGAACGUUGGCCCUAUUGAAUUUUGUUUCUGCAAAUGAAUGUUUUAUAUAUAUAUAUAUAUAUAUAUAUAUAUAUAAAGCAAAAAACUCCGUGGAUAUUAGCUCAUUCCAAUACUUAUUUGGUCGCCCUUCUUUUCAGUAAUAGACAAAUAAUUUCUUAUAAAUGUGUGAUUGGAUGUGUUAUGAACAUUUACAGGUAGUGGACAUUUGUUGAUUAAUAGAGAGAUAUAUACGAGUACAGACACUGCCUGUUGCUCAAUCAUAUUCUUCUGAAUAAAAUGUGUUUGAAUCUUA